AUGUUCCCCUCAACAACGUUCGCCACAACGCCGACUGCCGACGGAUCGCCCCCGUUCGUGCGCAAGUUCCGGCCGGAGAUCGAUCUGCACCUUAGCAACGUUAGUCCCGAGCCAAUGUCCAACGAUGGGUACGAGGGCUAUGCCGAUCUGUCCUCCCAGUCAUCCACCUCGGCCCCGAUCCCCCGACGUGCUCCAUCUCCUUCCACGUCUGUCUGUGCGCUCGGAUUCCUGCCGAUCGAUUCCGUAUCGAAGGGCUACAGUCCGGAGGAAGUGUGCCUGAGGGUGGGCCACCAUACCGCCCACGGUGCUGCUUCGUCGGCCGCCCGCACCACGCUGAUACGCAAAUCGUCCUCCACCGGGCUGCUCACGACGAACGAGUCGACCGGUGGCAUGAAAAGCUCCAACUGGAUACGCACGAUCAGGCUGGCGAGUGAUGUGCGCAGCUUUAACGCACUGCUGGAGCUGACCGCGACGCAGCUGCUGCGCAUAAGACUGACCGCCGACGUCGGCAACGGGGAGGAGUUGAAGCUGUGGUUCUCCGAGGACGUGAUAGCGCACAUGCAAAUCCCCUUCCUGACACCGGUCAACAUUCAACGACAAAACUGCUACGUGUGCCACCUCUGCCAGAAGUCGUACGAGUAUCCGAAUCCGCUGAAAAUCCAUCUCGCCACCAGCUGCAACCGCGAGCCGCUGGCGAUCCUGUGGCACCGGCUGCACCAAGCCCUUGCGGCACGCUACGGUGCCCCCUUCGCGCCCCUGUACGACUUCCAGCCGUGGCGCAAUUCCGCCUUCCGGCCCGUGCUGAGCGCGCACGUCGUCAAGCUGGACCAUCACCUGUCGCCACCCCCGGCAACCCAUCGGAGGCUGCAUCAUGCGCCCGCCCCGGCAGUGGAGCGGGCAGCGGUGGCCGCGGACGAACCGACGGCGGGCGCUACCCAUCUCGUCACCGCGGCGCACCUCGAAACGAUCGUCAGCAACAUGGGCUCCUCGAAGCAGGGCCACGUGUGCAUCUACUGCGGCAAGCUGUACUCGCGCAAGUACGGGCUAAAGAUACACAUCCGCACGCACACCGGGUUUAAGCCGCUCAAGUGCCAGUACUGUUUGCGCCCGUUCGGCGAUCCGAGCAAUCUGAACAAACACAUCCGGCUGCACCGGCAGCACGAUGGGUCGCUGUAUGAGUGCAGCCUGUGCGGGAAGAAGCUGGCCCGGCGCAGGGAUUUGCAGCGCCAUCUGCAGGCAAGGCACAACAGCACGCAAAUCAUCGACCAGUCGACGACCUCCGAGGAGGAGGAGGAGGAGGAUGAGGAGGUGGAGGUGCGGCAGAGGAGAGGUGCUUCGGUCGGUGGUGGGCGCCGGGAGCCAAACAGUUGA